GAUGUCCGCUGACGAAAAGCCACGGGGAGCAAGAAAACCACAGUUUUGCUGAGCAGCAGCUUUUCUUUUUCCUUGGCCCAGCCCAGCUCCGAGUUUGAGUGGGUUUCGCACAUCAAGGGACGACCGCAUUCAUUUUGUUUGCAGAAGAGAAAAGAAGUCCAGCCAAGAAGAAGCCAAUCACAGGAAAGAAUUCACGAGGCGGUCUCUGCAUUCCCCUGUUGCUUUCCGCUUUUACUGGGUUUUUUUUUCCCCUGUUGCUUUCCAUCUGGACCCGUCCGCAGUAACCUCAAUUUUUCAGUACCUUUUGGUUUCUUGCAGCUGUUCAUCUUUCUUCCUUGCUUCUUAGCAACGCUACAAUUCAGGUGAUUCGCAGCACCCGCGGCACUCCAACAAGUCCACGCACAAUUCUUUCACUCAUACUAAUUAUAUAUAUAAUUGCUAUUGUUAGAAACUCCUUUUUUUAAAUUGCUCUUCCGUUUAUCACUGCAAUCUUGUACCCCCUCUAAAGAAGAAAAGAAAAGAAUAAUACGCUACUUACUUCUACUAGAUACGUUUCGCUAACCUUAUUGAUUUGUUUGCUUAGACCUUCAUUGAAAAAAAAAAAAGCGCCCUCACACGCACACACACGCACACACACACACACAAAGCGCUACAAAUUCUAACAUGACCAGCAACUACAGCAUCAGCUCGAGCGAGGGCGGCUCGCUGUGCCCCAAUGCUGCGUCUCACCAGACCCAAUCGCGCAACGCGCCUUGUGAGGAAGCCGCGGCCGGGAGUGGGCGUCAUGCUGUGACUGCGGAUGCUGCCUCGGCGACGCGCCACGAUGUUACACCCAAAAAAGCGGCGCAGUCCUCCAAGUCCGCCACCGCCGCCACCGCGCAGGAGUCGCCGUCGAUGACAAUUCGUCGACUGCCGGUGGACUACUCGAAGCGGAUGGACGACCAAAAGGUGCGCAGCAACGCGCUUGAGCGGUACAAGAUGCUCGUGAAGGCGAACCGUCUUGUCCCUGGUGACAACGAGGCGUCCCCGGAGCCGAAGAAGACACCCAAGACGGACGAAAGCGAUAUGUCUACGACGUGGCGCAGGAGUGACCAGAUGCCCUCGACUACGCAGCGCGACGGCUCCGCGAUCAGUCAAACCGUUCUCAGCAACGCGUCGGAUGGGGAGGCGCUGGGGAAGUCGCAGGCUCGCCGGAGCGCAGACCCUCUGCCGCCGUCCAAGCAGCAGCAACAGCAUGACCGCUCGCUGUCGUCGCUUGUCUCUGUCUCUGUCUCCGUGGAGCGUCCCGCCUACCCGAGCUCCGUGACGCAGCGGCAAGACGAGGAACCUGCUGCUGUGGCGGCCGUCCCAGCUGUGCCGAGCAUCGACCUGACCAAAACGCUGGCGCACCAACCAGGGCAGCAGCAGCAACCUCUCUCCCCGGCAGCCAUGCAGCCUCCCGCGAACCGGCCGGCAGCUCCGCCAGGGGGCGAGGAGGACGCGCCGGUCGAUUACGUCUCCCCCGAGCUCACCCAACCCUUUGGCAGCUCCAAGUGGAAGCCACGCAACUCGAUCCGGCCGGGCUACACACCCGUGACGGAGCACCGCAGCAGCUCUCUUACGCGCACUUCUUCCGUCACUGGCGAGGGCAGACGCACGCCGCGGACGCAGCAGCCCGAUUCGCAGGUGGGCCGUCCGAGUACCUUGUCCAACGGCACGUCCACACCACGGCGCAAGAGCACAGUCAAGACUCCACGUGCUGCGGCGCCAGCGGCAGACGUUUCGGAGAAUACGGAGAAUGUGAAGACGAAACAUGUGGACGUGGCUGUCACCCCGACCGAUACGGAAGAGCAUCGCGGAGACGAGCACCCGGCAGAAGGUGUGGUGCCCAUGCACCAGCAAUCCGAGGACGGUGUGGUCCCCCUCCCAGGCAGCAAGACGGCCUUCUGGUUGCGUCCCGCCACCGCCAUGUACGAGAUGACAACGAGCAUUGCGGCGAAACGCAAGGACCACGUCGAGCAAGACAGCCCGACGACGCACACCAGCAGCCGGCGCGGCAGUCACUCCUUCCACGCCAUUCCUUCCGGCAACAGCAGCAGUUUAUACGGGACACCGCGCGAUCGUGGUGGUCCCAACGCAGCUCCCGCACCGCCAGAGGAGAAGCUCCGCUUUUCGACUCACAUGUCGGCCGCAGACCGCAAGUUGUACGAGGAGGGCGGGGCAGCGGUCAAACCACCCCCACUGUCCACCUACGACGCCAUCUUCAGCAACCGUCGGUCCACCGUGCAGCGCAGUUCCGGGCGUCGCAGUCAGAAGCUCGACGCAACGGCGGGUACGACGUCCUCCUCCGCUACCCCACGAGGCACCGCUCACCGAGCAUCGCACCGGCGUGCCGUGGCACCGCGUGUUGACCUCGCACGCAGUUUCAGUACCCUUUCGCGCCUCAGCAGCAACGCACCGCUGCCCACGCCGACGGAGGGGCCGCAGCUGCUGGAGACUGAGCGCGUGUCGACGCGGCAGCAUGACGCGUUGACGAAGCACUGCGCACGUGUGGCGGCCCGCGCUGAGGGGCCGGCCGUCGCCGCGCCUGUCACCACAACCGAGGCGAAGACGAAGAAGGUGAGGAGAAGUGUCCCUGCCGCGUCUCGUGCAACAGCGACCUCUGCGGCAGUUCCCUCGCAGCCGCAACCGAGGCCAACCGCCGCGCCUGGAAAGGCCGAUGCCGAAGUGCACAAGAAACUGGAGUUCGAAGUGCCAGGGGAGGAAGCAGAAGAGGGCGAGGAACCGGUGCCACAGACGGUGGUGCCGAAGUCCUGUCAGCGCUUCAGCACACCGGCCCGUCAGGCAAGCGAGGGGGCGAGAGGUGCGGGCCGCGUUGCUGCUCCGGAGGCGUCAUCGCCGCCCACUACCCUGCACGGAUGCCGCUCGGAGGAGGACGCCACCCCGUCCAAAUCGCGGCGUCGUGAGCACGACGUCACCGCCUCUCUGCCGCGCGAAGAGACAACCAAAACAACCGGCAACAGCACUAACACCAAUGAUGCCGAUGAGGCAUGCUUUGUGGCGCAGGAUGCAGCGAUGGCGCGCGAGAAGGAAGCCGCCCACGUACAGCGAGCCCGCGAGGUGCUGGAGGGCAGUCGGCUGGCGCGGCAGGCCCGUGCGGAGACUGCUCGCACGCUGCACAACGUCGACGCUGGAACGUCUGUCUCCACCAACGAGGUCGUCGCGGCGAUGCUGCAGGGGAUCGUGCAGCAGACGCGCCAGGUGCUGCCCUGCUACCUGUGCGGUGAGCUGCAAUGCACCUCCGGCUACCAUGUACACGUCAAAGCAUGCCGGCCGAAAACGGAAGGAAUUUUAAGGGAGUACUUCACGGCCGUCGCCGGGCUUGCGGAUAUCCCUGCGGAGGUGAAGGAGCACAUAGAUCGUCUGGCCUUACAAGAGGUGCCGUCGAGCAGCUCGGACGUGUCCGUUCGCGACGCCUUUGCGAAGGAGUGCUAUCAGUGUGUGAAGAGCACGUUGGUGCCGUGUCGCAAGUGUGGGACGCACCUCCGCGUUCAGGAUGUGAAGGAACACGAGAUGCUGUGUGGCCGUGCGUACUACCAGAACAGCCGCGCAGCGGAGCGAGUGCGUUCCGCCGUCGAUCGCAUUGAGCGCGGCUCACAGGAGUGA